AUGGAGAGCAGCGAGGAGCCGGUGGCCGAGGCCGUUUUGAGCGGCUCCAGGGCGCAGGGAGAAGCCAGCGGGGAGGAGAAGCCGCGGAGAUGCCUGAGCAGGAGGGGCUGCAAACGCAGAGCGCGGGGAUCCGAGGGGCAAAGAGCCGGCCUGGGCCAGGGAGGGGCUCAGAGCCCCGAGCUGGGGCUCCGGGAGCAGCUCCAGGAGGGGCAGGAGAAGCCCCACGAGCGCUCGGAGUGCGGGAAGAGCUUCACCAAAAGGUCCCACCUGAUUGUCCACCUGAGGAACCACAUGGAACAACACCCGGGAUCUGAGGGGGAAAAACCCACCCUGGACCUGGGUCAGAGAUCAGAGCUGCGGGUCCGGGAGCAGCUCCAGGAUGGGCAGGAGAAGAAGCCCCACAAGUGCUCGGAAUGCGGGAAGAGCUUCAAGAGGAGAUCCUGCCUGGUUGUCCACCAGAGGAGCCACACGGGAUCUGAGGGGGAAAAACCCACCCUGGACCUGGGUCAGAGCUCAGAGCUGGGGGUCCAAGAGCAGCUCCAGGAUGGGGAGAAGAAGCCCCACAAGUGUUUGGAAUGUGGGAAGAGCUUCACCAAAAGGUCCCACCUGAUUGUCCACCAGAGGAGCCACACGGGAUCCGAGGGGGAAAAACCCACCCUGGACCAGGGUCAGAGCUCAGAGCUGGGACUCCAAGAGCAGCUCCAGGAUGGGGAGAAGAGGCCCCACAAGUGUUUGGAGUGUGGGAAGAGCUUCAUGCUGAGCUUCCACCUGGUUGACCAUUCCAGAGUCCACACCGGGGAACGUCCCUACGAGUGCGGGCUGUGCGGGAAGAGCUUCACCAGCAGCUCCUACCUGAGGGUCCACCAGAGGAUGCACACCGGGGAGAAGCCCUACGAGUGCGGGCAGUGCAAGAAGAGGUUCCUGACCAGCUCCUACCUCCUCGUGCACCAGCGGAUCCACAAAGACGAGAAACCCUUCAGCUGCCCCGACUGCGGCAAGAGCUUCAGCCAGAAGUCCAACCUGGUCGUCCACCGGCGCAUCCACACCGAUGAGAGGCCCUACGAGUGUCCCCUGUGCGGGAAGGGCUUCAGGACAAACUGCCAGCUGGUUGUCCACCACAGGACGCACACGGGAGAGCGGCCCUACGAGUGUGGGCAGUGCGGGAAGAGCUUCAGCAGCAACUCCCAGCUGAUUUUUCACCGGAGGAGCCACUCGGGGCGUCGCCGAGAGGGAUCCGAGGGGGGAAAGCCCAGGCUGGGUCAUGGAGGUGGUCAGAGAUCCAAGCUGGAGGUUCAGGAUGGGGAGAAUUCCCACAAAUGCCGGGAAUGUGGGAAGAGCUUCAUGUCCAAGUCCUCCUUGCUCUACCACCACCGCAUCCACACCGGCGAGAGGCCCUACGGGUGCCCCCAGUGCGGGAAGGGCUUCACCUCCAGCACGGGGCUGACCGUCCACCGCAGGAGGCACACAGGGGAGAGGCCCUACGAGUGCCCCCAGUGCGGGAAGAGCUUCAGGGAGCACUCGAGCCUCAAAGUCCACCUCAGGAUCCACACUGGAGAACGGCCCUACAGGUGCCCCCAGUGCGGGAAGGGCUUCAGGGAGCGUUCAAGCCUCAACGUCCACCUCAGGAUCCACACUGGAGAACGCCCCUACAGGUGCGGGCAGUGCGGGAAGGGCUUCACCUCCAGCACGGGGCUGACCGUCCACCGCAGGAGGCACACGGGGGAGCGGCCCUACGAGUGCCCCCAGUGCCCCAAGAGCUUCAGCAGGAGCUCCCAGCUGCUGGUGCACCUGAGGUGCCACACCGGUGAGAGGCCCUACGAGUGCCCCCAGUGCGGGAAGGGCUUCAGGGAGCGCUCCCAGCUGCUGGUGCACCUGAGGUGCCACAGCGGCGAGAGGCCCUACGAGUGCCCCCAGUGCCCCAAGAGCUUCAGGGGGAGGUCCCAGCUGCUGGUGCACCUGAGGUGCCACACCGGCGAGAGGCCCUACGGGUGCGCCCAGUGCGGGAAGAGCUUCGCGACGAGCUCCUGCCUGAUGAAACACCGCCGGAGCCACACGGGGGAGAAGCCCUACGAGUGCGGGUGGUGCGGGAAGAGCUUCGUGGUGAGGUCCCACCUCAACACCCACCUGAGGACCCACACCGGGGAGAAACCCUUCGAGUGCCAGCUGUGCGGCAAGAGCUUCAGCACCAGGUCCUACCUGGUCGUCCACCAGCGGUUCCACAGCGGGGAGAGGCCCUACAAGUGCGGGGAGUGCGGGAAGAGCUUCGUCAUGUGCUCCCUGCUGAUCGUCCACCGGAGGAUCCACACCGGCGAGCGGCCCUACGUGUGCGACGUGUGCAGGAAGGGUUUCAGGAGCGGCUACCUUCUCCUGGUCCACCAGCGCUCGCACACGGACGAGAAACCCUUCCGGUGCCCCGACUGCGGCAAGGGCUUCAGGGAGAACUCCACCCUCACCGUCCACCGCCGCGUGCACACCGGGGAGAGGCCCUACCUGUGCCCCCAGUGCGGGAAAACCUUCAUGCUGAGCUCCCGCCUGCGCGCCCACCAGAGGAGCCACACGGGGAGAACGUCCCCCACAGGUGCGAGGAGUGCGGCAAGGGGCUUCACCACCCGCCCGGGGCUGGUCCACCACCAGAGGAGCCACACCGGCGAGAAACCCUACGCGUGCGGGCAGUGCGGGAAGAGCUUCACCACCAGCUCCUGCCUGAGGUCCCACAAGAAGACGCACAGCGACGAGAAGCCCUUCGAGUGCCCGCUGUGCGGGAAGAGGUUCAGGGCGAGCUCCAGCCUCAGGAGGCACCAGAGCACGCACACGCGGGAGGAACCUUUGCACUGCGAGAAACCUUUCCGCUGUCCCGACUGCGGGAGGCGCUUCAAGCUCAACUCCUUCCUGGCCAAGCACCGGCUGAUCCACGCCGGGGACGGCCCCCCGGCGAGUGUCACCUGUGUGGCAAGAGGUUCUCGGCCAGUUCUCUCCUGGCCAGGCACCGGUGGAAGUUCCAUUGAGGGCGGCACUGGUGGUGGCCAGGAGGAGCUUGGUGGGGCUUCUCCAGCUCCAUCUCACACGGGAGGAUCUGCUCUGGAUGGUGCCCAGUGA